AUGUACUGCCGAAUACAUAUCAAAGAAGAGCCACAGAAUGGACAUCAUUCAGACAGUCUGAAGGAGGCAGAGUGUGUCAAGCAAGAGACGGAAUGUGAAAAUGAAGUCAAGGAAGAUCCCUCAUGCUCCGACAGUGAGUGUGGUGUGAGCGAGGCAGCCAUGCUGGCCGGCCUGUACACAGACCAUGAAGUCAAAGAUGAGCUUGUUCUGGGACAGGAGUGUCCAUAUCGACCUGACGUCACUCUAGUAGUUAAUGCUCGCGUUAGCUCUGUGCUUCGAGAUUGCUGCGUGACACUCGAACGCCUCCCACACGACGAGGCUCUCGUCCAGCGCCAAGACACAACUUAUACUGACACGGAAUCCGAUACUAACGAAUUAUACGCUAGAGAGAAAGUACCGAUAUGUGAUCUUUGUGGUGAAAGCUUCAGUCUAAAGUCAGAUUUAUUGAAACACGUCAUGGAUCAUAUCCACAGCCCUUCAGCCGCGGAGCAGGAAGGGAGUGGACACAGUUAUGUGGCGCGCCGGCAGCCCGGGCUGCUGGCGGUGCCGCGCGCGCGCACCAACCUGCUGCGCGAGGCGCCGAUGACGCGCGCCGUGCGUACCCUGAACCUCAUAGCCACGCAUAUAGACCUAUUCUCAUCAAUUGAUGGUCAAUGGACGCAGGAGCAGGAGCGCGCCCUGUGCCGCAAACACGAUAUUUGGGACUGCUGCGUGCUUCUCAAACGCCUCCAACACCACGAGGCUUUCGCCGACAACGAUACCCCAUACAUAACUCAAACUGACACGGAAUCUGAUACAGAGGAAGUACACACUAGAGUUGAAUAUGAGAAACCAACAUGUGAUCUUUGCGGAGAAAGUUUUGCACUGAAAUCCGAUUUGAAGAAACAUAUCAUGAUUCAUAUCCAUGUACCUACCACACACCAUCCACAAGCGAGUACUGAUAGGGAAUCGGAAGUGGUCCUGUUGCAUGAGUCUAGAAUGGAGGGUUCCAGCGGCCUGUCUGAGUGUGUGCGCGUGAAGGAGGAGCCCGCCGAGCCAGAAGCGGGGCCCGAGCACCCGCCGCCCGGCGCGGCGCCAGUGCACAUAAAAGCGGAAUUACAAAAUGGGCAUCAUUCAGACAGUCUGAAGGAGGCAGAGUGUGUCAAGCAAGAGACGGAGUGUGAAAAUGAAGUCAAGGAAGAUCCCUCAUGCUCCGGCAGUGAGUGUGGUGUGAGCGAGGCAGCCAUGCUGGCCGGCCUGUACACAGACCACGAAGUCAAAGAUGAGCUUGUGCUGGGACAGGAGUGUCCAUAUCGACCUGACGUCACUCUAGUAGUUAAUGGUCGCGUUGGCUCUGUGCUCCGAGAUUGCUGCGUGACACUCGAACGCCUCCCACACGACGAGGCUCUCGUCCAGCGCCAAGACACAACUUAUACUGACACGGAAUCCGAUACUGACAAAUUAUAUGCUAGAGAGAAAGUACCGAUAUGUGAUCUUUGUGGUGAAAGCUUCAGUCUAAAGUCAGAUUUAUUGAAACACGUCAUGGAUCAUAUCCACAGCCCUUCAAGCGCGGAGCAGGAAGGGAGUGGACACAGUUAUGCAUUUGAUGGUCAAUGGACGCAGGAGCAGGAGCGCGCCCUGUGCCGCAAACACGAUAUUCGAGACUGCUGCGUGCUUCUCAAACGCCUCCAACAUCACGACGCUCUCGUCAGCAACGAUACCCAAUACAUAACUCAAACUGACACGGAAUCUGAUACAGAGGAAGUACACACUAGAGUUGACUAUGAGAAACCAACAUGUGACCUUUGCGGAGAAAGUUUUGCACUGAAAUCCGAUUUGAAGAAACAUAUCAUGAUUCAUAUCCAUGUACCAUCCACACACCAUCCACAAGCGGGUACUGAUAGGGAAUCAGAUGCUGAAGAGAAAAACAUCGAUAUUGACUGCGAGAAUGAACCUACAUGUGAAUUUGCUCUAGACUCAAAUUUAAUGAAACAUGUUAUGAUCCAUAUGUACGUAGGUCGCACUAAACAAAUGUAUGAACAUUCAGAAAUGAAUACUUAUGAGUGUGACAUUUGCGGUAAAAUAUUUAAGCGAAAAAAUAGCUUAAAGCGUCAUAUUAAAACACACUCGACCCAGUCAAAGUCUAAGGACUUUAAAUGCAACAUAGGAGAGAAAUCAUACAACUGCGAAACAUGUGAUAAGCGUUUUAUACAUAGAGAUCGGUUGAAAAGACAUAUACUAAUUCACACGGAUAAAAGACCAUAUUCGUGUGACGUAUGUGAAAAAGGAUUUAAAACCGGGAAACAUUUAAAAAUGCAUACACGGAUUCAUACUGACAUAAGACCAUAUUUGUGUGACGUAUGUAAAAAACGAUUUAGAUUUAAGAGUCAUUUAAAAACGCAUACACUGAUUCAUAGUGACAUAAGACCAUAUUUGUGUGACGUAUGUAAAAAACGAUUUAGAACUGAGACUCAUUUAAAAAUUCAUACACUGACUCAUAGUGACAUAAGACCAUAUUUGUGUGACGUAUGUAAAAAACGAUUUAAAACUGAGAGUCAUUUAAAAAAGCAUACACUGAUUCAUAGUGACAUAAGACCAUAUUUGUGUGACGUAUGUAAAAAACGAUUUAAAACUGUGAGUGUUUUAAAAAAGCAUACACUGAUUCAUGGUGACAUAAGACCAUAUUUGUGUGACGUAUGUAAAAAACGAUUUAGAACUAAGAGUCAUUUAAAAAUUCAUACACUGAUUCAUAGUGAUAUAAGUGUAACGGUGCGUGUAACGAAGCGUUACACUAUCGGCCUUCAUACUAUUUCUGGCACCAUACAAAUUCUAAAUUCCCCUUUUGAAAUUCAAAUCCUAUUCCAAAUUCCAUUCAAUGAUUUUUAUUUUCAGUUCGAUCACAUACUUUGAUCGAUAAACAUCAUUUUAUCUAACAGACUGUACUUCCCAAGUUUCUAAACACGACCGUUUAAGUGUGAUUUUUAUUAGUAAACGUAAUAAUUCAUAAGUGCGUGCAGUUCAGUAUAGUGCUCGUUUUGUGGCCCUGCACACCUUCCAGAUAUAUAUCUACAUCAUCACCAAGGCACAUAUUGUAAGUUAUUUGAUUUCUAACCUUCUGAAUUACGAAAGUGUUUUUAUACAUACCUAUCUGUUAACACGUAACCUGUAUUGUUACAGGUGCCUUUUUAUAUAAUUAAUAAAUACCCAUCAUCGCCCUGGUUCCCGACUUUGAUUACCUUCCAUCAUCCUGGUGAGGCUCCCAUCUGC